CGAACUACCUUGGAAAGCGUAGUAGUCAUCCUUUCCCUCCCCAAAGCUCACGUGGCUCCCUAAUAAAAUUAUCCGGAUUAUUUUAUAACCGAGUCAUCAGAUUUAAAACUUCCCAGAUAAUGUUUUACCAGUACUAAAACAAAAGAAAGAUACGAAUUUGCCCAGCGUCAAUUUUGCAGAGACGCACACGACACCUCCAUUAAUACAUCGGUUAAGAUUAACACAUCUCAACAAAACUCCAUUGAAGACGAAAAUUUGAAAGAGCUAUAGAGGAGAGAGAAAAUCGUGUCUGCGAAAUCAUGAAGGGAAGAACGUCAAUUGAAGUCGGAGCUGAUGGUGUUGCUGUGAUCACCAUUAUUAAUCCUCCAGUCAAUUCUUUGUCUUUGGAUGUGUUGCAAAGCUUGAAAGAGAACUUUGACGAGGCAUUAAGAAGAAAUGAUGUCAAGGCAAUUGUAGUUACAGGUGCCAAGGGGAAGUUUUCUGGUGGUUUUGAUAUCACUGCUUUCGGUGGAAUCCAAGAAGGAAAGACUGCAUCACCAGAGCGAGGUUUUGUAGCAGUGGAGGUUCUCACUGACACUGUCGAAGCUGCAAGAAAGCCUUCAGUUGCUGCUAUUGACGGCUUAGCCUUAGGUGGAGGUUUAGAGGUUGCAAUGGCUUGUCAUGCACGGAUAUCCACCUCUAAUUCACAGUUGGGCUUGCCUGAGCUUCAGCUUGGAAUCAUUCCUGGAUUCGGAGGAACCCAGCGUCUUCCACGGCUAGUUGGACUCUCAAAAGCUCUUGAAAUGAUGCUGACUUCUAAGGCAGUCAAAGGUUCAGAAGCCCACGACUUAGGACUUGUGGAUGCAAUAGUUCCAGCAAAUGAACUGCUGAAUGCUGCUCGUUGCUGGGCCCUUGAAAUUUUUGAGCGUAGAAAGCCAUGGAUUUCAAGUCUUCAUAAGACAGAAAAGCUGGAGUCACUUGGAGAGGCAAGAGAAAUACUGAAAUUUGCUAGGGCACAGGCCCGAAAGCAAGCUCCAAACCUCAAGCACCCUCUGGUUUGCAUAGAUGUUAUUGAAGAAGGCAUAGCUUGUGGACCUCGUGCUGGCCUGUGGAAGGAGGCUGAUGCUUUUGAAGAACUUCUGCGUUCAGACACUUGCAAGAGCUUGGUCCACAUCUUUUUUGCUCAACGAGGAACAUCAAAGGUCCCUGGUGUGACUGACUUGGGUUUUUCACCAAGACGGAUAAGAAAGGUUGCUGUUAUUGGAGGAGGUCUGAUGGGUUCUGGAAUAGCUACUGCAUUGAUUCUUAGUAGCUAUCCUGUUGUUUUAAAAGAAGUGAACUUGAAGUUUUUAGAAGCGGGUAUCGGCAGAGUGAAAGCCAAUUUACAAAGCCGGGUGAAGAAAGGAAAAAUGACUGAGGAGAAGUUUGAAAAAACCAUGUCCCUUAUUCAAGGAUCCAUUGACUAUGACAGCUUUAGAGAUGUGGAUAUUGUCAUAGAGGCCGUCAUCGAGAAUGUUUCUUUGAAGCAACAAAUUUUUGCAGAUCUAGAGAAGUAUUGUCCUACGCAUUGCAUACUUGCAAGUAACACCUCCACGAUUGAUCUUAACCUUAUUGGUGAGAAGACUCGGUCCCAAGAUCGAAUUGUUGGAGCUCAUUUCUUCAGUCCUGCUCAUAUUAUGCCCCUUUUGGAGAUUGUCCGAACUCAAAAGACUUCACCCCAAGUAAUCUUGGACGUGCUAGAUCUUGGUAAAAAGAUAAAGAAGACACCAGUUAUUGUUGGAAAUUGUACGGGGUUUGCUGUCAAUAGGAUGUUCUUCCCUUAUACACAAGCAGCUAUGCUACUUGUUGAGCAUGGUACAGAUUUAUAUAAGAUUGACAGAGCAAUUACAAAGUUUGGAAUGCCAAUGGGUCCAUUUAGAUUGAUUGACCUUGUUGGGUUUGGAGUAGGCAUUGCAACUGCCAUGCAGUACAUUGAGCAUUUCCCCGAGAGGACUUAUCAAUCUAUGAUUAUCCCUCUUAUGCAAGAAGAUAAAAGAGCAGGUGAAUCGACUCGCAAAGGGUUCUAUUUGUACGAUGAUAGACGCAAGGCUAGCCCAGAUCCUGAAUUAAAGAAAUAUAUUGAGAAAGCAAGGGAAAUUUCUGGGAUUAGUGUUGAUCCUAAGGUAGCAAACUUAUCUGAGAAGGACAUAAUAGAGAUGAUCUUUUUCCCUGUGGUCAAUGAAGCUUGCCGAGUCCUGGCGGAGGGAAUUGCAGUAAAAGCAUCAGAUUUGGAUAUUGCUGGUGUUAUGGGAAUGGGAUUUCCCCCAUACAGGGGUGGAAUCUUGUUCUGGGCCGACAUGCUGGGAUCAAAAUAUAUUUAUUCAAGGCUGGAAAAAUGGUCAAAACAACAUGGAGGGUUCUUUAAGCCUUGUGCCUACAUGGCUGAGAAGGCUGCAAAAGGGGCUCUACUGAGUUCUGGACCAACAGGACAAGCUAAAUCGCGGCUGUAAGGGAGAACAAAAUUGGACAGGGCUGAUACAAUUCUCUCUUUUUUUUCCACCAAGCAUUUAUCAUCCAUACGUAAUCAACCUUUGGGAGGUUCUCAGCAAAUAAGAAUUAGCUCGCAGUGCUUUCUAAUAAAGAUUGCUAGGGCUAAAAGGGUUUCCACAUUGCAACUGUGUUAUGCUGUUAUUUAUUUCAAGAACUUUAAUACGAAGUAUUUUAGGUAGCUAUUUAUAUUGUAAGCUUUUUUAACGAUGUAUUUCAAAGAUUAGUAGUUCAAAUAGAAGAUAUGAAGUUUGGUAUGAGAAAAA